CUCCAGUAAGACGGGGGAUAGGGUGAGGCUGAAAGUGCUCCUAUCAUACCGAAGUUAUGUUGCUCUCGAAUAAGUAGUUAGUUGUUAUCUAAUAUAGAUAUUCAGACGCUUCCUGGGGUUGGCCCCCAGGGCUCUACCCUAAAGGAUGGCUCAAUUCAAAGGAAACGAGAUGACUACCCGUAUGAAGUGGAGAUUGGCCCCUGAACCAGGGUCUUUUGUCUCGAGUGGACUAUCCAAUCGUACUCCGUCCUAACCAUUGUCUACGGAGUACCCACAGGGGGCUCAAAAUUCCUUCCAGCGCGUCGCUAUAUAGAACCUGAAUUGAUCCACCAUCACUUUCCCACGAAACCCCAGCCAUCAACAUGCGCCUUCUUUCUGUUGCUCUCCUCGGCCUCGCCUCCAUUGCCGUUGCUGAUAUCACCUCCUGGAACCAACUGUUAGGUGACAUCCCGUCAUGCUACAAGACCUGCCUUGAUGACUACUACAAGGACUCCGGUCUGGAGACCAAAUGUGGUAGCCCGGACAGCGCCACAGCCAGCUGUAUCUGCAGCGUCAAAGCCCCUAUCAAUGAUAUUGCCGAUGAGGCCAGCACACUCCGGUCCUGCGUCACCAGCGGUUGCUCGGAUCUCAGCUCCUCGGACGAGAGUAACAUCCAAGCCUUUGCCCAGCGUUACAAUGAGCUCGUAACUCAAUGUACUAGUUCCAGUAGCUCUACGACUCAUAACGGCGCUGCCUCCAACCUGCCUGGCUUCAACGCUAUACUCGCGUCUGGCACUCUCAUGUUAGUUGGUUAUGCUCUGUGAGCUUGAACACUGUCGGUUCCCCAGAGCACUCUCAUGAUGAGAUCUCGAUGUUAUAUGUAUGAUGCCCAGUGAGGGGUUUAUUCUCUCCUUGCAUCAAGUCUAUCUACAACGGCCGUUGCAUAGUGAUACCAAUACAACUGGAUUUU